AUGGCCAAAACUUCCAAAGCCACCAAGCGGUUUCAGAGCAAACACUUGAAACACACCAUCGACCACCGCAGGCAGGUGCAGAAACACAACAAGCUAAAAGGCAAGAAGAAGGAGCCCAAGGAUGAGCCCAAGCCAGAGAAAAAGUCCACCAAGCCGGUUUUCGAUGACAUGUCCAUGGAGGAGUUUUUCGAGCAGGACAUGAAGAUUCCCGAGCCCAAGAAGGGGUACAAGGUGAAGAAGGCUGACGAGGAGUCGGACGACGAAGAUUCUGAGGAUGACAUUUCUGAGGACAUUGAGUUGGAUAGUGAAGAGGAAGACAACGACAAGGCAUCCGUUUCAGAUGGCGAAUCUUCUGAGGAGGAGGACGAGGAGCAGCUCAAGGAGGAGAUGGACAAGCUUGCUGAAAAGGACCCAGAGUUCUACAAGUACUUGCAGAAAAAUGACAAGGAGCUUUUGGACUUUGAGGGUGUGAACCCCAUGGACGCCAUUAGUGAAGAUGAGGAUGAUGAGGAGGAGGAGAUUGAGGAGGAGAAGCCAAAGAAGGAAAAGAAGAAGAUCGACAUCAACAGGGAGCUCCUCACGACGUGGAAGAAGCAAUUGAAGAGUCCUACCGUGAAGAUCAUCCUGAACAUCGUGGCUGCUUUCAAAGCUGCCGUCAAUAUCAACGCUUCCGAGGAAAGCGACCGCUACACCAUUACCGAUUCGUCCAUUUUCGCCGAUUUGAUGUUUGUCGGUUUGAGACAGAUCCCCCAGGCUAUCCAGAAAGUGUGCCCAUACAAGACCAACUCCAAGGGCAUCAGAAGCGUGAACGAAAAGCACCAGGACUACGAAGAGUUGUUCCGUAUUUUGAAGACCCAGCACACCGCCUUCAUCACGCUUUUGGAGGAUAUCAACAACACCGAAACCGCCGCUUUGGUUUUGACGUCUCUCCAGGAAGUGUUGCCUUUCUACACCUCCCACAAGAAGAUCCUCAAGCGUAUUUACACCGCUGUGGUUGACGUUUGGGCCACUACAAAGGAUGUCGAAACACAAAUCGCCGCUUACGCUUUCAUGAACAAUUCUGCCAGAGAGUUCCCCAAACAGGUCCUCGAGAUCAUCUUGAAACAGACCUACUCGUCUUUCCUCAAGGCAUGCAGAAAGACCAACAUCCACACGAUGGACCUUAUCAACUUUGCCAAAAACUCUGCCGCCGAGCUUUUCGGAAUCGACGAAAACUUGUCCUACCAGGUCGGUUUCGAAUACGUUCGUCAAUUGGCUAUUCAUUUGCGUACCACCAUCACCAGCACCAGUAAGCGUCUGGCCAACUCCGACAACAAGGAGGCUUACAAAGUUAUCUACAACUGGCAGUACUGCCAUUCUUUGGAUUUCUGGUCCCGAGUGUUGUCUCAGCAGUGCAACCCAGAGAUUGAAGAAACCAAACACAAGAACAAGGAGAGCCCUUUGAGAUCGUUGAUCUACCCCUUGGUCCAGGUCACCUUGGGUACCAUCAGGUUGAUUCCUACGCCGCAGUUUUUCCCAUUGAGGUUUUAUUUGAUUCGUUCGUUGAUCAGACUUUCGCAGAAUACCGGGGUUUACAUUCCAGUGUUCCCGCUCAUCUUGGAGAUCAUGACCUCCAGUCUUUUCAAAAAACCAGCCAAGAACGUCGCCUUGCCUGCUUUUGACUUUGAGCACAACAUCAGAGCAAAUCAGCAGUACCUCGGCACCAAAGUGUACCAGGACGGUGUCUGUGAACAGUUCAUCGACUUGUCUGCCGAAUUCUUUGUGUUAUACUGUAAGAGCGCUGCUUUCCCCGAGCUCAUUACACCCCCAGUCAUUGCCCUUAGGCGUUUCAUCAAGAAGUCGAAGCUUAUAAAGUUCAACAAGCAGCUCCAGCAGCUUGUGGAGAAAUUGACCGCCAACGGUUCGCUCAUAGUGUCCAGAAGAGCCAACAUUCUGUAUGGUCCUUCUAACAAGGCCGAGGUUCGUCUUUUCAUGAAGGACACCAAGUGGGAAACCACUCCUUUGGGCCAGUAUGUUGUUGUCCAUAGAAGAACCAGGGAGGAGAAGUUGAGACUUUUGAAGGAGGCUGUUUUCGAGGAGGAAGCAGCAAAGAAGAACGCCAAGGCCAAGGACGUGGAGAUGGAGGAUGCGCUUGCUUCCGGCAGCGAGGAUGAUGAUGUUGAAGUCUCCGACGACGAGUAA